CAGAAAUUGCGCCGCAACUGUUUUUAUUAGAAAUAAUUUAUACGUGUUUUAUGUGUACAAAAUCAACAGAUAAGUCCAACUCUGGACUAAUGUGUCAGAAUAUGGGACGAAGUGGAUAUCAAGUCUCAAAGUCCACAUGAUAUGCUAACUUAAUGCGUAAUUCCAAAAUUCUAUUCCACUAUGUUAAGCUGUAUCAUUUAUAACGUUGUGAUCUGUUCAAUAUUUUAUAUUGUGGUUGAUUCAGACAGUUCAACGUUCCGUGCCGCCGUUUAUGAACAUGCUGUUAUUAUACCAACCGAGAGAAAAGCUUGGGUUGAUAGGUCUACAGCGUUGGAAAAUAUGAUGAAAAAUUUUGAAAUUUACAAAGUACAGGCAGAGAUUGCUGGAAAACAGAAUGUCAAUAUUUUAGUAUUUCCAGAAGACGGAUUGUUCGGUAUGGGAUUUUCCAGAGCUGGAUUAGAAUCAUAUUUGGAAUAUAUUCCCGAUCCAAAUGAAAAAUGGAAUGCUUGUAACUUUCCAGACAAAUAUGCAAAUACGGAAAUUCAAAGAAAACUUAGCUGUGUUGCAAAGGAGAAUUCUUUAUAUCUUGUUGUAAACAUGGGGGACCGCCAAUCCUGUAAUCCUACAAACGAUACAAAAUGUCCCAAGGAUGGACACUAUCAAUUUAACACAGACGUCGUUUAUAAUCCAAAAGGGGAGCUUAUUGCAAAGUAUCACAAAAUCAAUUUGUUUUAUGAAAAGCAGUUUGAUACACCACCUGUUUCGGACAUUGUCACCUUCGAUACAUCUUUUGGAAAAUUUGCUAUGUUUACAUGCUUUGAUAUUUUAUUCAAGACUCCAGCUUUAGAUUCUUUGAAAAUACAAGGUGUUGGUAACGUCGUAUUUCCAACAGCUUGGAUGGAUGCUCUCCCUUUAUUAGCUGCUAUUCAAUUCCAUUCUGCAUUUGCUGCUGGAUCAAAAGUCAACUUUUUGGCGGCAAAUAUAAAUCGUCCUUCAUUCAGAUUUCACGGAAGUGGAAUAUACUCCCCGGAAGGAUAUGGGGCAUUUCACUACAGCGAAAAACAUGGCGGAAAACUUUUAAUAGCCAAUUUAUCAGUUAUACAAAAUAGCAAUUUUAUCACGCAAGAUAUAUAUACAACACCAACAAAUGAACUUGAAUCACAGAACCAAUCAAGUCAGUUUAAUUCUUAUGUUUUUCAUGAUUUAUUCACCUUUGUGCCAUUGACGAAGGCGAUAGGGAAUAUAAGCGUUUGUAACGGAAAACUUUGUUGUCAUCUUAAGUACGAGCUGUCUAAUGGUGAAUCUGAAAAUUACGCAUUUGGCGCCUUUGAUGGUUUGCAUACAUAUGAAGGUGUGUAUUAUAUCCAAGUUUGUACAUUGCUGAAAUGCAAAUCUUCAUCUAAGAACAGUUGUGGCGAACCAGUAAAAACAGCCAGUACAAGUUUUAAAAAUCUGAAAAUGACCGGAACAUUCGGAACGCCGCAUAUUUUUCCGGAAAUCCUACUUACAGAUCAUGGUACAUUGAAACUUUCAUCUGGAAACUUCUGGAGGUACGGCAAUGGAACAUUACAAUCAGACCAAGGCUUUGAACUUCCUGUUAUUAGUGUUGGGAUGUUUGCUAGAGAUUAUAGUCUAGAUGAAGAUAAUAUAGAGCCUGUGAGAGAUGAUGAAUCAAAUACUGCAUUUAAUUGCAAACCUUCUAUCUUUGUAAUCAUAUUUGUUUAUAGUUUAAUAUCAUGUAGAACAACUGUUACAGUGUUCGGCAAAUGAAAAUUACAUUUUUUUAAUUUAGUUUAAUAAGGUCCAGUAGAAUUUUGUCAAAUGCAAACAAUAAACCACAGCUCAAAAGAAAAAAUACCAACAAACACACCUUAAAAUUUAUGAAGCUGGGUUUAAAUUUGAAAACAAAUGAGAUGUGGUAUGAUUGACAAUGAGACAAAACUCCUUAAAUGACCAAAAAUAGUAGUUAACAAUAAUUAUAGGUCACUCAGCGUGUGGUCUUCAACAAUGAGCAAAACUAACAAUUUUUUUUAUAAUAAUACAUGUAGCUCCGUUUAUUCAAAAUGGCUCAGUAUGUAUGUCCUGUUAGUGGACCAGUUUAGGUAUGAGUGCCAAUGAGACACCAUCUAGGUCGCAAUUUGUAGAUUCUGUCAUUCCUAUAUUUCUUCGAUCCGGAACUAAAGCACAUGCGGAAAAGUGAAAGGGUUGCCCUUUUGGUUUUAUGCGACCACAUCACACUCGGCCCAUACGUAGAACAUAUAUAUUAUUGUCUUAAACAAUGAUCAAUCUAAUCUCUUGGAUUCCAGGUACAAUGUGAGUGUUACAAAUAAAGGCACCAGUAGUAAACCGCUGUUCAAAACUCAUAAAUCCAUGGACAAAAAUCAAAUUCGGGUUACAAACUAAAACAGAGGGAAACGCAUUUAAUAUAUGAGGAGAAGAACGACACAACAUUAAAAUGUAACACACACAGAAACGGACUAAGCAUUAAACAAAAUCCUAUGAGAAUACAAAAUUGAAUAAUAUGAGUUUUGUUGUUAAUAUAAAAUGGAAGAUGUGGUAUAAUUGCCAAUGAAACAACUCUUCACAAGAGACAAAUGACACAGGAAUUUACAACUAUAGGUCACCAUACGGCCUUCAACAAUGAACAAAGCCCAUACCGCAUAAUCAGCUAUAAAAUGCCCGAAAUGAACAUCAAAGGGUCUACAGGAUAAGAACGACUAUCGAAUCUUUAAUCGUUCUUAUCCUGUAGACCCUAUGUUGUUCUAUUUCGCCAGCUAGAAAGAUAAGAAAUCGUCAACCUAAUUCAAAUGCUCAUUAUUUUGAUUUGUACAAUGAUCUUGCUACUGAUAAGAAAGAUUUCAUAACAAUGUGUUGUAUUAUAAACAAAUGAUAAAUACAUGUCCAGGCAGUGUUUGACCGAGUUUAUAAGUUGGUUAUUUUUCCACGAAUACAUGUAUAUUAUUUUACAAAGAUAUAGAAUAUAAAUAAAUUUAAAUGUGUUGACAAAUAGCAAUUACGAGACGUAUAACUGAAUUUAUAUAUUACGAAUACGUACACUGU